AGUUCUUAUAGGCUUAUGAUCCAGCCCGACGAGCAGCUCUGAGUCCCAUUUCAUUUUCGCUUCCCUUACAUAGAAUUUGCAAUCGAGGUCAAGGAGGUCGGCUUCUUCCUCAACUCACAAUUCACAAGAUCAGCUUUAUAUCGUAACGGGAUCGUUGUCCAUCCUAGCCUUCGUUCUCAGGGCCUAUAGUAGAGAAGAAUAUUUUGUAAUUGUUUAAUUUUAGUGUAAGCAUUGGAGAAAAUGCCUUCUCUGAAGAUUGAACCUGGUCAUGAAGACACAGUCCACGAUGUGGCAAUGGAUUACUAUGGUAAGCGCAUUGCUACUGCAUCUUCGGACUACUCAAUUAAGAUCAUAGGUGUGGGCAAUAACACCUCUCAACACUUAGCUAAGCUCAGUGGUCACAGAGGACCUGUUUGGGAGGUGGCAUGGGCUCACCCAAAGUUUGGAUCGCUACUUGCGUCGUGUUCUUAUGAUGGGAAUGUCAUAAUAUGGAAGGAGGGUAAUAAUAAUGAGUGGAGUCAAGCUCAUGUGUUUGAUGAGCAUAAAUCUUCAGUCAAUUCAAUUGCAUGGGCUCCUCAUGAACUCGGUCUUUGUUUGGCAUGUGGUUCAUCUGAUGGGAACAUAUCAGUUUUUACUGCAAGAGCUGAUGGUGGCUGGGAUACAUCAAGGAUUGACCAAGCUCACCCAGUUGGUGUGACUUCUGUCUCAUGGGCCCCAUCAAUGGCACCUGGUGCACUUGUGGGUUCUGGCUUGCUUGACCCAGUUCAAAAGCUUUGCUCGGGUGGUUGUGAUAAUACUGUGAAGGUGUGGAAGCUGUACAAUGGGCUUUGGAAGAUGGACUGCUUUCCAGCUCUUCAAAUGCAUACUGAUUGGGUUAGAGAUGUGGCUUGGGCACCCAACUUAGGGCUUCCAAAAUCUACUAUUGCAAGUGCAUCCGAGGACGGAAAAGUUAUCAUAUGGACUGUGGCAAGGGAAGGAGAUCAAUGGGAAGGUAAGGUGUUGAAUGACUUCAAGACCCCUGUUUGGAGAGUCACCUGGUCAAUGACUGGAAACAUAUUGGCUGUGGCUGAUGGAAACAACAAUGUAACAUUGUGGGAAGAAGCAGCAGAGGGGGAUUGGCAACAGGUGACAGCAGUUGAGCCAUAGACUAAAAUGUUCCAGUUUUCUCAUGUGAUAUGCAAUCAUGUUUCAGAUCCUUGAUAUUAACUUCUGCAAGGAAUUCAUGACAAAGAAAAAAAAAACUUCUGUUGGGACUUGACACUGGAAACAUUGCUUUCUAUUUUUUGUUUUUUUUUGCACAUUAUUGCAUAGUUCAGUGACUUUUUGUGGAAAUAUUUGAACUUUAAAGGUUUGGAUUUGGACUUCAGCUUCCAUGAAAAACCUCAGUUUUCAUGUCAUCAAGACUGAUACGUGGUUUCGUUUGGUA